AUGACGAAGCGAGCCGCAAAGCGCAAGUUGGACAGAACCGACGACCAUCCCACGACUCCGAACCGACGCCCUUCCAAGCAACAGCGAACCUCUGCGAUCCACGAAGACGACUCGGAUGAUAUCAUAAGUCCCAGCAAGAGCCACCGCCGAAAGUCCGCCAACUCGCCAGACCAACCGAGGAAACAUAGCAAGCACACUCGCAACGGCCUGAACUUCAAUACAGCUUACGACAGAAUGUACACCUUCACAUCCACCCGGCCCAAGCCCAACGGCGUGAUAGAUCUGACCAAAAGCCCAUCAGAGAAGCGCAAACUUUCCCUGUCUGCACAGAAGCCCAAUGGCUUCCAUAACCACACCGGUCCGAAGAAGCUGAUCGUCAAGAAUCUCCAGAGCAAGCCCCGCAUCAACGCACAGGAAUACCUUGACAGGAUAUGGCAGCAAGAGGACGUCUCCCUCGAUGCCAUCUUCCGCAAUGAGAAGGAGCCAUACUCACUUGAAGAGCUGUAUCGAGCAGCCGAAAAUGUCUGUCGGCAGGACAAGGCCGCGGAUCUGUACAAGCGCGUCAAGGCGAAGUGCUCGGAUCAUCUGAUGAGUAAUGUCCGGAGUAGGCUGGCGAGAGCGGCCAAGACUGAAGCAAAGAGUGCGGUGCUCAAGGCGUUUGUGGACGAGUGGCAGAUGUGGAAGAAGCAAUUGCUUGUUGUGCGCCAGAUCUUCUACUACAUGGACCAGUCAUAUUUGCUGCGGUCUGAAGAACCCAGUCUGACGGACACGGGCUAUCAACUCUUCCGAGAGGAUGUGUUUGAGGACACGUCGAUCAGGGAGUCGGUGUUGAGAGGUGCGACGGAGUUGGUGGAUGUCGAUCGAGAUCAGCAGAGUGCUGGGAAGAAUAAUGAGCUGCUACAGGAUGCCAUUGAGCUGUUUCAUGAGCUAGGAGUGUACUCCUCGGACUUUGAGCCGGGCUUUCUGGAGACUUCAGAACAAUACUAUCGAAAUUGGAGAGGGACUCAGCCUGGGAAUGAGGAACUGCGCCGCUAUGCUACGAAUUGUACGAUCCUGCAGGCAGUGGAGAUGAAGCGCUGUGACGUCCUCAACUUCGAUCGGAGUACCAAGACAGGUCUUUCCGAAUUGUUCGACAAGAUAUUUGUGGAGGAACAAGUCAAUCUGCUCACGAACGAAGACUUCGUCAUGGACAUGCUGGAAGGUGACAUGACUGAGGAGCUCGAGCAGACGUACAGCCUACUGGAGCGGAAAGGCAUGGGCGAUCUGAUGGCACCACUUUUCAGCAAAUACGUCGAAACUGAAGGAUCUCUGAUUGUCUUCGACGAGAAGAAUGAGGCCGACAUGGUCAUAAACUUGCUGAACUUCAAGCGACGACUCGACACGUUCCUCGAAGCCUCCUUCCACAAGAGCGACACGAUCGGAAACGCCUUGCACAAAUCCUUCGAAACGUUCAUGAACAAGACAAAGAAGUCGCAAGCAAAUUGGGACACCGACAACGCAAAGCCCGGCGAGAUGAUUGCCAAACACAUUGAUCUGUUGCUGAAAGGCGGCGCCAAGGCCAUUCCUAAGCUGGUCGCUCAAGAAAAGGAUGGGUCAAAGGGAGACGAAGAGCAAGACUUCGACAACGAAGAAGACGGCGACCAAGAACUCAAGGCCAUCAACCACCACCUCUCUAACGCCCUCGACCUCUUCCGCUUCGUCCACGGCAAAGCCGUCUUCGAGGCCUUCUACAAGAAAGACCUCGCCCGCCGCCUCCUCAUGGGCCGCAGCGCGUCUUUCGACGCAGAGCGCAACAUGCUAACCCGCCUCAAGAACGAAUGCGGGCAGUCAUUCACCCACAACCUCGAGUCCAUGUUCAAGGACAUGGACCUAGCCCGCGAGGAAAUGAUGUCCUACCGCCAACUCCAGGCCGACCGUGGCGAGCAACUCACCGGCCCAGACCUCUCCGUCAACGUCCUAUCAGCCGCCGCCUGGCCCACCUACCCGGACGUCCCCGUCAACGUCCCCACCAGCAUCGCAUACGUCCAGAGCAAAUUCGAUGGGCACUACACGGCCAAGCACUCCGGCCGCAAACUCACCUUCAAGCACGCCCUCGCACACUGCCAGCUGCGCGCCAACUUCCCCAAGGGCCGCAAAGAGCUAGUCGUCUCCGGAUUCCAAGCCAUCGUCCUGCUCCUCUUCAACGAUGUCGCUUCGACCGCCCACCUGUCCUACGACGACCUCUCCAAAGCCACUGGCCUCUCCGACGCCGAGCUCAAACGCACCCUGCAAUCCCUCGCGUGCGCCAAGUACCGUGUCCUGACCAAACACCCGAAAGGCCGUGACGUCAACACCACCGACACAUUCUCCUUCUCCACGGGUUUCCAGGACCCGAAGAUGCGCAUCAAGAUCAACCAAAUCCAGCUGAAGGAAACCAAGGAGGAGAACAAGGAGACGCAUGAGCGGGUCGCAGCGGAUCGGCAUUAUGAGACGCAGGCGGCGAUUGUGCGCAUUAUGAAGAGUCGGAAAAGUAUUGGGCACAAUGAGCUGAUUGUGGAGGUUAUCAAGGCGACGCGGAGUCGUGGGGUCCUGGAGCAGGGGGAUAUCAGGCGGAAUAUUGAGAAGUUGAUUGAGAAGGAGUACAUGGAGCGAGAGGAUGGGAAUCGGUAUAGCUACGUGGCUUGA